AUGGACACGACGAGGGUGCGCAGAGCGUUCAAAUACCCCGACGACGAUGACAUUGACGAACACGAUGAGAUAGAUGAGGAAGAACAAGAACAUCUCCUCACUAAGCUCCGCGCCUCAGAGUCAUCCACCAAUGCUCAAUACACGCUGAUCUUCACGGCGUUGCCAUUGAUCGUCACUCUACCAUUCCUGUGGUAUCUAACACUCUCGACAUCAAGGACAAUGGCACUACUAUGUCUACUGAGCAUCACAUCACUUGCCUCAAGCUCUUAUAUCAUGUUCUUCGUGCCCACCAGUACUUCUCAGUCACCCUCCGUGGCGGAGCGAUCUGCUCCGAACCUUGGUUCUCGUGCCGAAGCGGCGCGACGAAAGUUCACGCUCUCAGAUCAAAGUCCGAUCAACCAGUACCUGCCUUACCUCAACGCGUCGAUUGAUGCAUUGCUCUUCUUGGCGUCGAUGGCGUAUCGAUCGAGGACGAAUGUGCCCGAGGGGUUGUGGCUGUUUCUGCUUUUGCCGGCUGUGAUGUUUGCGAUGGUCUUCAUGGCGAGGAGGAGUAUCAACGAGAUCUCGAGGGGGCUGGAUGAAUUGCAGGGCUUGAGGUAUGAGUACAAAGGCGCGUGA